AUCCAUGGUAAAUAAAUUAGGCCCCUAAAACCCGAGUUUUUAAAAAUCUAACACUACUUUUACAACAAGUUGAUCGACGAAGGUCGCAUGUGACGACACUGUACCUCGUGACUAUCUAUCUAAUAAACUAGGCUUUUUGAAAUCGGGGCUUAGAUUUAAGUCCGUAUUGUGGCUAAUUAUCGCAAUACUUCAGCGAACGAACUAUCACAAUUAAUUUAUAUAAGCAUAAGGAAGACAAAAUGCAUAUAAUUCUGUAUACUUUGGAAACACGAGAUGUGUCCUUUAAAUCUUCCGUAUAUUAAAUUUGUAUAAAACAUUCAAUGAUGGAAGAUAUCGUCGUUUUCUUUUUAUCUACACUGCUCGUCACUGUAAAUACAGCGUCAUCACGGAACAACAGUAGAGACAGCUGUCUUCCUGGGUUUUACUGGGAUGAGGACUCUCAUCAGUGCCAAAGUUGCCCAAUUGGAUAUCACGGUCAUAAAUGUUCCCUGCCCUGUAGAUACCCAGGCUAUGGCGAGCGAUGUCAGAAAAAAUGUAAUUGUACGGCAGAAUACUGUACCAGCGAUAAGGGGUGUAUCAGUAAAACAAGUUGUGAAGCUGGGUAUCACGGGAGGGAUUGCUCGCUGCCCUGUAGAUAUCCUAAUUAUGGAGGGAAAUGUCACUCUGAGUGCAAUUGUACCAAGACACUAUGUAGUCAUAUAAUGGGGUGUCAACCCAGUACAGAGAACGUUCUGAUUCACACGACAACAGAAAAGGAUAACAUUACCGAUAUCAUUCUUAUUUACACCACCACAGAAAAGGAUGAGCAUUCCACAGCUGUCAAAGAGGACUUACAAACAGUCAUUAUAAUAGGAUGUUCAAUAGUGUUUGGCGUGAUAGUGUUCUUUGUGUCUAUAAUAAUAGCAUUAGUGAAGAGAAACAAACAAUCCAAGCGGAAAAAGGAACAAGAUUGUGACGUUGAUUCCGAAUUUAGUUCAUAUCAAUCCAUACGCAGUGAUACGGAGAGGAGUACGACUUCCGGUAGAUAUUGUCGCAACAUUCAUGAACUUAACGGGAAGCAAGCCCAAAGUCAGGAACUUGAAAUAUAUGAAAACACGUCUAUACAGGAAAAAAUGAGGACGUUCCAUCCCUGACUACACCCGUGUAUAUGUGAUCGUUUAAAUCCAAUUAGGUCCGUUUCAUACACUGUCGGUAUAAUAUCCUGUUUUACGGACAGUGUAUAUGUUAAAUUUUGUCUGUUUUUUUUUUCAAUCUGAAAUUACAUGUGUAGACAUACCAUCAACAGGUAUGUUCAUCUCAACCUCUGAGUAUCCAACAUGUACAAAUAAUACAUUAAUGUAGCAAUGUUUGUGUACAGUGUAUGUUGUAUAUGAAAUACAUCAGAAAAGUAAUCCUGUGUUUCAUCUGUUUCAAUCAUCAAUUUUACGUAUUUAUGUAUAUUUCAAAAUAGCAUGUUACAUAUACAAAUAUGGUACAUUGUGCACAACUGUAGGCGAUUCCAGUUUUCCGAAAAAAUGUGUACUGGGUUAUAAAGCAGUAAUCUCCUAACCCUUCCAUUACCGGUCAUUUUAAACCAUGCGACCUUUAACUAGAUAGGAGACGUAAAGUACACCAUUGUACUUUCCUUUCCGAGAACCGAGUAUCUCAGUGACUCAUAUAGAGGUAUAAAAAAUUAGGACAUUCACGCUGGCCAGAAGAGUACACCUUAUUUAAGGAUACUAUUAUAAGAAUUUACUUCUGAAUUACCUGCAGAUCCCAGGUCUGGUGUGACUUACAGUAGUGAAAUAUCUUCAGGUAUUUGCUGUGUUCUACUUUCGUUUCGCUCUCUACAUUUUACGAUGAUCAUUUAAAAGGCCCGUGUAUAUUGCGUCACACCCUACCACAUUCAUGCUUGAUGCACAGGUAACGUGAAUCAAUCGGGUGUAUUGUGGAAUGACACGCCUUGUGAUUAUGUUCUUUACAAACUCAUAUAUCUAUAGAAACAUCUUUGAUUACCCCAGAUCACAAUUAUUUGUCUUUCAUUUUCACAAUUAAUUUUUUUUUCUAGAUCUAAAAAAUAAAUUGCUUCAAUUUUCAAUUGCAUACUUUAAACUCCUCACUUUGUCUUUUGAUAUAUUCCUAUUUACCAUGUCUGAAUUAAACUGGAAUAAAAACUGUUUUCAGUCA